AUGACUACAAUAACUACUUUGGAAGAGAACAUUAGCAUAAAAGGAGAGACAUCGAAGGGGUAUACCGUCGGAAACAGGGGCGCACAAAAUAUGGCAUUUGGUGGAAAGCAUCCAUUUAUUAUUCCAAGCUUUAAAACUAAACUAGAGGAACGAAAAUUUGCGUUAGAACACGCUGCCGGCGCUUUCAGAGUUUUUGCCAGAAAAGGGUUUUCUGAAGGUGAAGCUGGACAUAUUUCGAUCAGAGAUCCUGUACACCCUGAUACUUUUUGGAUAAACCCUCUUGGCAAACACUUUGCAUUGAUUAAAGCUAGCGAUUUAGUACAUGUUGAUGAAAAAGGUCAUAUUUUACCAGAUGGUAAUCAGAGCCCAAUUAAUGCCGCCGGAUUCUCUAUCCACUCUGCGUUACAUAAGGCAAGACCUGAUGUUAAUGCUGCAUGCCACACCCAUUCAGUUUACGGUAAAGCGUAUUCAAGCUUCGGAAAACCUUUAGAAAUGCUUAAUCAAGAUGCUUGCAUAUUUUAUGGAAAUCAGGCUGUCUACCUGGAUUUUGGUGGAGUUGCAAUUGAAGGUGAUGAAGGAAAGGAAAUAGCAAAAGCAAGUGGAAAUUCAAGAGCAAUAAUUCUACAGAAUCACGGAUUACUUACACUUGGUUCAACAAUUGACGAAGCUGCUUACUUAUAUACUUUACUCGAACGCUGUUGUGAGGUUCAAUUAUUAGCUGAUAGCUCUUCAUCUGAUGAAAAACCUAAAAUUAUCAUACCCGAUGAAGCGGCCCUGUAUAGCGCAUACGUCACAAACGACCCAGAAACAUUAUAUGCUUCGUUUCAGCCUGACUUUGAAUUAGAAAAGAAGCUCUCAGGUGGAGAAUUUCUUCAAUAG